ACGUUUUCAAAUGUUGGUAUUCAUGCUAUUUUGACGCAAUAUGUCCUCAUAUUGUGGAUAAUAAAAUAAAAUGAGUGAUUAAAAUCGUAGUUCUUGCGCUGUAAAUUACACUAAUCAACUAUCGAACAUUUUCAAAUAUAGUAGAGAAGUGAAUACAACAUAAGUGCGGGUCAAGCUUUACAAAAUGACGAUUGAAGAUAACAAGGAAGUGGCUGAAAAAUGUAUAGAGGUAGCACAAAUAGCCUUCGCUGCUGGAAAUCUAGAGAAAGCAGAAAGGUUUCUACGAAAGGCUGAACGUUUGUAUCCUACUGCGCGGGCUCUGGAGCUCUUGGCGCGGGUGAGGGCCGCAGCCGCGUCAGGCAGCAGCAAACGCACUCCACCGAGCAGCCCCAGCGCUGAUGACCUGAGGAGACGCAAGAUGCCGUCCCACCAGCCCACGCAGCAGGAUUACACCAGCGACCAACUGGAAGCUGUGCGUCGCAUCAAUGCCAAGGGCAAGGACUACUAUGAAAUACUGGGUGUGUCUAAGGAGGCGACGGACUCGGACAUUAAGCGGGCGUACAAGAAGCUGGCACUGCAGCUCCACCCCGACAAGAACCGCGCCCCUGGAGCUGCUGAGGCUUUCAAAACCAUAGGCAAUGCUGCAGCAGUUUUGACCAACGCCGAGAAGCGCAAGCAAUACGACCUACGCUCGGAGGAGCCAUCGCAUCCGAUGCACCAGCAACAGCACUUCGCGCAGGGCUUCGAGACGGGCUUCACGCCGGAGGAGCUCUACAGCAUGUUCUUCGGCGGCGGCGCGUUCCCGGACGGACCGACUGUGUUCACGCGGCGUCGCCCGCGCGAGCCGGAGCCGAGGGAGGCGCACGCGGGGCUCGUGCAACUGUUGCCCGUUCUGGUGCUCGUGCUGCUCUCCAUGAUGUCAGGGUUCUUCAUCAACGAGCCCGUCUACAGCCUCACGCCCAGUCCCAAGUACCCGGUGCCGCGCGAGACCGUCAACCUAAAGGUACCGUACUAUGUGAAGGAGAACUUCCACACAGACUACCAGGGCUCGCUGCGGCGUCUCGAGAUGACUAUAGAAGAGGAAUACAUAUUGGGUCUACGACACGCGUGCCAGCGCGAGCGCAACUACCGCGACAGCAUGGCGUGGAAGGCGCGCAACUUCGGCGACUCGCGGCAGUACGCCGAGGCGCAGAAGUUACGCACGCCCUCCUGCGAGAAGCUGCAGCAGUUCCAGCGGUAGGACCGCACCACCUGGCGUAUACUGAGCUUCGACAAACGAGGUACUGAGCCGCCACACUGCAGUUUUUGUGCGAUUUUUAAUCGCAGGUUUUUAUUGUCGCAACGUCUAAUUCAUAUAAUUCACACAGUUUACGACAUCGCAUCGCAAUCACUUAUGGUGUUAAAAGUAUUAUUACAGAUAUAAGGCGCCGCGACUUCGUAUGUCGUAAAUCUUUUGUAACAAAAAUAAAACUCAGAAAUAAAUCGUAGUGUGUGUAGCUGUAAGCUGAAGAUCUCUUGAAAAAAUAUUAUUUAUUAAAUUUUGUUAAAGCUUAUCCCUCUUGAAAUAAAAAUUGUAUCACAUUCAAUAUUGAUAACAUAAUACAAUACUCAUUUUUACUUUAGCGUUCUGAAUUUAGCAACAUGUGUUAACUUCAGUGCGGUCGAAUGUUCCGCGUAUUGUAUUUCAUGUUAUAAAUAUUAUUUUUGUUAGUGCACUGCACCAGAUUGUAAGUGGAGUGGGAUCCAAUAGAAUGUCGACUGACGAGAGAUGAUUACCCCGCGACAGUCGACACAAUUACGCCGACCUGUUGGAACCGGAUAUACACAGGCUGAUCCCGAAACGCGACACAGAUACGCGAGCCACUAUGAUGUGUUUUUACACCUUGUGUACAGUGGUCGUUAUCCAGGCGGAUAUGAUAUAUCCUAUUAUUAGCAAAUAGAUUUGAUUUGUCUCAUGCAUGAUGACAAAAAUGUUAUUGGCUGCUAAACUGCAUCGAAUUGAGAAACUUGUUUCUCUUAUGUUAGACGGAGACGCGAAAA